UGAUUGGCGCGUCAUUUAUACCGAAUAGAAACGGCCGUCUUCCUCACUAUAAAACCCUAUUUCAAAGCUCAACCCGGCGGCUCCAACCGUUCCACACCCUGCGGCAGCAGAAGCACUUAACGAUCGACGCACAGAUGGAGAACAUAUAUGGCUCAGUUACGAACAUCUCAGUGAUGGAACCAAGCGAAAUAGGACAUGCUGGGAUGUCCGUAAAGAUUGAUCAGAUGGAGAACAUAUAUGGCUCAGUGAUGGAACUAAAUGAAACAGGACGUGCUGGUAAUAUGGAACAUUUCAAAUGCCGUGUUGAUGAGAUGUCUGUAACGGUUGAUCAGCUUGAGCAGAGAUUUACUGAAGUUGAACAGUUUUACUCAAGUGUGAAUAAAAAGCAGUCAAACACUCCAAGAGGUAACUCGGCUCAGAAGGACUCAGAAAAAGAGAAGCAGAUUGCUAACUUUAAAAAACGGCAACAAGAUGCAUCACAGCGAGAAGCAGCUGCUGCUAAGAGAAUGCAAGAACUUAUGCGCCAAUUUGGCACAAUAUUACGCCAAAUCACUCAGCACAAAUGGGCAGGGCCUUUUAUGCAGCCUGUUGAUGUUGAAGGUCUUGGCUUGCAUGACUACUAUCAGGUUAUUGAGAAGCCAAUGGACUUUAGCACAAUUAAGAAUAAAAUGGAGGGCAAGGAUGGUACCGGAUACAAACAUGUCCGAGAGAUGUGCGCGGAUGUUCGCCUGAUAUUUAAAAAUGCAAUGAAAUACAAUAAGGAAAGGGACGAUGUACAUGUGAUGGCAAAAACCUUACUGGGAAAGUUCGAGGAGAAAUGGCUGCUACUUUUGCCAAAAGUUGAUGAAGAGGAAGAAAAGAGAAAGAAAGAGGAAGAAGAUGCUUUUUCUGACAUGAAACUUGCUCAAGAGGCUGCUCAUGCCAAGAUGGCCAAGGAUUUAAGUAUGGAGCUUGAUGAGAUUGACAUGCAUCUGGAAGAACUUAGAGAUGCAGUGCUUCAGAACUGCAGAAAGAUAACCGUUGAUGAGAAGAAAAAACUUGGCGAUGCUCUCACGAAGCUUUCUUCCGAAGAUCUCAACAAGGCAUUACUAAUUGUUGCACAGAACGACCCCAACUUCUCGAUAGCUGAUGAGGAAGUAGAACUCGACAUUAGCACACAGACCGAUUCUACGCUAUGGAAACUGAAGUUCUUCGUCCAAGAUGUGUUUGAGGCUCAAGGAAAGAGUGCAGCCAUGGAAGCAAACAACAAUAAUAGCAAAGGCAAUGCCAACAACCAAGCGACUAAUAAGCGCAAAAGAGAGACCACUGAUGCCCUCGCAAAGGCAUCGCAAAAAAAGAGCAAAAAGCCGUGAUUCUAAGCUUGAUGUACAACUCAGCAGAGUGAUACCUUUACCCUUGCCAAGACAUCACAGAAAGAAAAAGGACGAAACGCUUUAAUCCAAGAUGAUACGCCAUAACGCCGAUUGGAGUGAUCCAUGUAAAUAUGGUCACAAGGGUUGAGAUUUGCUGUUUAGUUUAGCUUUGUAUUGUUGCUGUCUAUACUUUUUAUGUUGGACAGUGCUACAUCUCCCAUAAGAAUUCAUCACCUUAGCAAGUAUAUGCACUAAAUUGUGUCUAAACUAAAUGAUUUUUUUAUUUUUUUUUUCAUUUGGAUUGUGAGCUAUGACACUCUGGAGUUUUCUCCUUUAUUGAAGAUAUCCUUGUAAUACAAAAAUUGAGUUGAUCCAAAA